AUGGACAUACCACAAAAGCAAGCCAAAUUGAACCUCGCAAACACACCGCGCGGGAGUAACUUCUACGCGUCUACACCGGGCGGCACGCGGACAGUCUAUUCCAAGGCAGACCUACUGUCGCUGGCGAGCAGUCCACUAUCCAAGACACCACCGACUGGGCUAAGCAACUUCCCUGCAGCUAUGUCGCGUGACGGUGAGGGUGAGCUUAAGCAGAAGCACAAGCCCCAGCAGAAGCCACAGCACAAGCAAGCGCAAGCAAACAAGCCGGAUGGCAACACAAACAACCACAGCCAAGAAACAACGUUCGAAAUGGAUGAUGAUUAG